AUGGGAUCAAUUAAAAAAGAAUGGAAAAUAUGGAAAGAACUCAAAAGAGGAUCAACAGGAUUUGGUUGGGAUCCAAUUAAACAGACAAUAGAUGCACCUGAAGAAUGGUGGGCUCAGAAGUUAGAGGUGGUUCCAGAAGCAAAAAAGUUCAAACUUAGCAGCAUUGAUCCGGUAUUAGAGGAAAAGUUGGAUGGCAUGUUCAUAGGUGUUGUUGCCACCGAAACUCAUGUUUUCACCCCAAUUAGCCAGAACUUUGAUGGUUUAACACAUGACAUGGCAUCCGAGCACAUAGCUCACUCCGGAGAAGGUCCCAGCCAAAUCCAUACAAAAGUUCAAUCAACCGGUGGGACAAAGCGUCCCAGAGUAGUUAAAAAGAAAAUUGGAGCCGCAUUUGUCAAGAGGUUCCAUAGAGACGAUUCUUGA